UUGUAUUUUAACUGUCAAAAAACGCCACCACUGCUUCAACCAAAAAAUAAAAAGCAAAAAGGAAAGAGAAAUAUUUCCACUCUCUCCCUUCCAUUGAAAUUCCUUCCGCAUCGGAUUCUUCUUCAUUUUCCGUUUUCAUUUCCACAGAUUUUGCUUUCUCUGAUAUCACUCGCCGGAAAAUCCUCCGCCGCUCCCCCCAUGGACCGAGGCGGCCCAACCCCUGUUCCCACCAGUGGCUCCGGUACUGGUGCCCUUCGGAUCCAACAUUCCACAAGAUUGCCUGAUUUUCUUCAAAGCGUCAAUCUCAAGUACGUCAAAUUAGGGUACCACUACUUGAUUUCUAAUCUAUUAACCUUAUGUAUUGUCCCUUUAAUUGCCGUUACCCUAAUCGAGGUUUCUCAAAUGAAUCUCGAUGAUGUUCGUCACCUUUGGUUUCAUCUCCAGUACAAUUUGGUCAGCGUCAUCAUUUGUUCCACCGUCAUGGUUUUCGGUUUGACGGUUUAUACUAUGACUCGUCCUCGUCCUGUUUAUCUUGUUGAUUAUUCCUGUUAUCGCCCUGCCGAUGACCUUAAGGCUCCAUUUCAUCGAUUCAUGGAGCAUUCCAGGCUAACAGGGGACUUUGACGAUUCCUCCCUCGAGUUCCAGCGUAAAAUUUUGGAGCGCUCUGGACUUGGUGAGGAAACUUAUGUUCCUGAAGCUAUGCAUUGUAUUCCUCCUACCCCUUCCAUGGCUGCCGCUAGAGAGGAGGCCGAACAGGUCAUGUUUGGUGCUUUGGACAAAUUGUUCGCUAGUACUAAUGUCAAACCUAAGGAUAUUGGUAUUCUUGUUGUUAAUUGUAGCUUGUUUAACCCAACCCCUUCACUAUCUGCUAUGAUUGUUAACAAGUAUAAAUUGAGGGGUAAUAUAAGGAGCUUUAAUUUGGGUGGAAUGGGUUGUAGUGCUGGGGUUAUUGCAGUUGACCUUGCUAAGGAUAUGUUGCAAGUUCAUAGAAACACUUUAGCUGUUGUUGUCAGUACUGAAAACAUUACUCAGAAUUGGUAUUUUGGGAAUAAGAAGUCUAUGUUGAUUCCUAAUUGCCUGUUUCGAGUUGGGGGUUCUGCUGUUUUACUGUCCAACAAGUCCGCAGAUAGGAGACGAGCCAAGUAUAGGCUUAUUCACAUUGUGCGGACCCAUCGUGGAGCUGACGAUAAGGCUUUUCGAUGUGUCUAUCAAGAGCAGGACGACGUUGGUAAGACGGGUGUAUCACUGUCCAAAGAUCUGAUGGCAAUUGCUGGUGGAGCUUUGAAAACAAACAUAACUACUUUGGGUCCGCUUGUACUCCCAAUCAGCGAGCAACUUUUGUUCUUUGCGACACUAUUGGUGAAGAAAUUCUUUAAUGGAAAUGUGAAGCCUUAUAUCCCUGACUUCAAACUUGCAUUUGAUCAUUUCUGUAUACACGCUGGAGGAAGGGCUGUGAUUGAUGAAUUGGAAAAGAAUUUGCAGCUUUUGCCUAUUCACGUCGAGGCUUCCCGGAUGACGCUUCACCGAUUUGGAAAUACUUCAUCGAGCUCCAUUUGGUAUGAAUUGGCAUAUACAGAGGCUAAAGGGAGGAUGCAUAAAGGCAACCGAGUGUGGCAGAUUGCAUUUGGAAGUGGUUUCAAAUGUAACAGUGCUGUGUGGGAAGCGCUGAGGAACGUGAGGCCAUCUCAAUCAAGUCCAUGGGAAGACUGCAUUGACAAUUAUCCUGUUAAGUUAGUUGCUUAGUUCCAUAACAUGGUUUGGAAAAUCGGUUUUUGACUGUUCUUGGUUUUGCUCUCUGCUCCUGAUGGUUUUCCUUUAUUUGCUUAUAUAGUUUGCAUCUAGGAACAUAAAUUGAGUCAUGAGUUUUCUUCUAGAGUUUUUUCAGUUUGCAUCAAGUUAUUUAUUAUGUCAAAGAUUUCUUCAGUUACAUUAUCUGAUGCUUGUACGUCUGAGUUAGAGAAAUUCUCAAUGGCUCAGGUCAGAGAAAAAAAAAAAAAAAAAAAAAAAAAACCUUCUCUCUUAUUGCUAUAACUCUUUGAGAUGAAAUUUGUUCCAGCUCAACUCGAACACAUUCUUCCAGUUUCUAUUUGAUUUUACCUCUCAACCCAAUGAAUUUGCUUUUGAGCUUUUUGUUCUGA